AAGUGGAUAUAGCUAUAUUCUAAUCAUAAAAUUUGUAUCAAUAUAACAGUUGUACGUUUUUGAAUAUUUAGAUGAUACUAUUUAUCGUUACUACAAGGAAAACCUUUGGUGAAUCUUUAUGUAACAACCCAUUCCCUCGAAGCGGAACCAUUGUUUUGUCUCGAAGUGUAUCACGGAGCGUUAUUGUAUAGGAACAAAGAAGCACCAAAGGAGUGUGGAAGGACACUGCACGAAACAAAUAUGUAUAGAAUUUUAUCCCGGGCUGUCUGUACGGCUCGGAACCAUCAUCUUUGUGUUUACGAAUGCUAUGUGCUCCCAGUUAAAUAUGACGACGUCUUAAGGGCAUUCACUGGAGCAAACACUCUGAGCACAUGUAUAAUCAGACAAUGUGAAAAGAAAGAUGUCUCUGAUCAAAAUGAAACAACAACUAAAGAUGUCAAACCAGAGGUGGAGGCAAAGGCAAAUGAUGGAGGUGAAACACAACAGCAGGGAGAUGGGAAAGUCGAACAGGUUUUGUCCAAACCAUCACAAGUCAAGAGUGACGGAGCUAAAAGCGGGAAGGAGGGUCUUUUGGACCUUCUUGGAGCCAUGAAGGUUGAAGUUACCAACAAAAGAAAGCUGAAGAACCUGAAGACGAAGCAAAGUUUUGAAACGUCUGCACAAUAUAAAUCCAAGCCAGCUGCUAUGGAAAGCACGAUCAGCAUGUUUCAAAAGGCGACGGUGCAAGCUUCAGCCAAGAGUGACGCAUUGGAUCCUGAUAUAGUUGCAGCAGCAUCUGCUGCAGCCGCCACCCUCCCUAAUCAGAGCCAGGCAGAGUCGGAGCUGCUGAAACAGUUGAGGCAGCGCAAAGCACUCACCGAAGCUCAGAAAAAGGGCGACAUCAACAAUCUCGGAGAUUUAAUAGCCGACAUGAAAGUAGGGAAGAAACCCGCUCGGCAGAAUGCUUGGCCUGCGGAUCAGAUCCGGUUUGACGAUGACGGACAAGGAUACACACACGAUAGAGGGAUUACCGGUGAGCUGGCCAACAUCCGGAAAAGGAGGAAUGUUUUCCCGACAAAAAGACUUAAUAUCUUCUCCCCCACUACUGAUCAGCAGGGAGGCGAAUCAGCCCUCGCUAAACCAACCCUGUGGGACAUGGAUUUUGCCAAUGAGUUGUCGCUGUCAGCCAAUCAAAUGCCUCGCAAUGGGUUCGAGGAAAUGAUCCAAUGGACCAAAGAGGGAAAACUGUGGCAGUAUCCCAUCAACAAUGAAAUUGGCCUUGAGGAUGAAGCCAGCGUGCCGUUCCAUGAGCAUGUCUUCUUAGAGAAACAUUUAGAGGAGGGCUUCCCCCGUCAGGGGCCGGUGCGACACUUCAUGGAGCUGGUGGUGGCGGGUCUGUCUAGAAACCCCUACCUGACCGUUCAGCAGAAGAAGGAGCACAUUUCCUGGUUCAGGGACUACUUUCAUCAAAAGAAGGACGUUCUCAGUGAAGCCGAUGUGGACCUGAGCUGAACCUAAGAGGAUGAAAUUGUUUCCUGUUAUUUACUGGAUG